UAACUAGUUGUCAGAUGCUAACCGUGAACUCGAGCAAAAAGACUUUUUGCCAAGGCACAACUAAGUCUUUUCGUUUAAAGGAUUCAAAAAGACGUUGCCGCCGGCUUUUUUAAAAGAUUGUUUUUGGAGCCGGCCGGCAAAGAUCAGAAACCGUGAACUCAAAUCCAUCAAAAAUGACACACACUCUUCGAAUGAAUAAAAGUAUAACGCGUUAUUUUCAUCCUUUUUGUUUCUUUUUCUUCUUAUUCGAGCUGGUUUCCUAGAGACCAUCGAGUUCUCGGCUCCAAUUCAACUAGUUCUUUUUCUUUUUGACGAGACUAUUACGAAACACACAUUUUCAGUUUCAAAAAUAUUUUGAAUAAGACACGUGGUCACCCAGACGAGCCCGUGCACGCACUCUCAGCGGUCGAUACCAUGGUGAUACCGCUGACUAUGAAUAUUCUACUAAAUUAACUUUUUUUAAUUUUGAAAAAUUCAAAGUUUAAGAAAAUUUCUCUAAAUAAAUACUUAAAAAAUGGCACCUAAAACACGAAGAAGUGUGCGUUUAAAAGAGAAAGAAGAUUCUAAAGGUAUUGAAGAAAAGGUAGAGCCAGAAAAACUUGAAGAAGAAGGCGAAGAAGACGAAGAAGAGGCAAUGGAUUUGGAAGGUUUGGUAGCACAGACUUACGAGUUUAUGGUUUCCAAGGCUCAACAUUCUAAAAGAAAAGAAAUGGAGAAAGAGAGAGAUGAGCGUGAGAAGCCUGAUUCAGUGUCUGUGGAUAUAACAGAUGUAAUAAAGAUGAGCAGUUCAAGAGAGCAAACUCAACUUUCUUCAGAACUUCAACCAGGUGUCCAAUCAACAGAUCUUUACUUGAACCUAGACAGACCUACGACCAAGUCACUGCACAAUGCUGUCUGUCCUAAACCAAUGAAAUGUGACUUAGAUAAGUUGAUGGCAAAGAGUGUAAUCACCCCAGAUUUUGAAAAGCAUCACACAGCACCACCAAUGUAUAAAUCAUUUAGUACAAGAAAGAAAGAAAGACAGCAAGCCAAAGAACAGUCAGCUGGCCCUAAGUGGUUUAACCUUCCUGCGACAACAAUAACACCAGAAAUAGAGCGAGAUCUGAAGCUGUUGAAACUAAGAAAUGUACUGGAUCCAAAGAGACAUUACAGGAAAAACGAUUCUAAAGAAUUACCCAAGUAUUUCCAGAUCGGGACGAUAGUAGAAGGAGCAGCUGACUUUUAUUCAUCACGAAUACCAAAACGAGAUCGUAGAAAUAAUAUCGUAAAUGAGUUACUGGCUGAUACAGACUUCAGAAGAUACAACAAGAAAAAGUUUCAAGAAAUACAAGCAGCCAAGCAAAGUGGAAGAAAGGGAUUUUACAAGAAAAAGAUGAACAGAAGAAAACCUAAUUGGGCAAGACAUUGAUUAUUAUAGAUCACGUAACUUGACUCAGGACCUUGCGACUUUGUUUGUCCAAUAGAAUCCUAGGUAACACUGACGUCAUAAGACUUUUCCACCGCUGACCAAAUGAGCAGCCGGUCCAUAUUAUCAUACCCAGUGCUUCUCAAGUCGAUGAAGUGGAGUCCUGGGUACGAGAAUGUGUUGCUAGGCCGGACAACUCAUUGGACAUGACUGCGCUUGUCUUACUACGAACUUGUCUCUUGACUUAAAUCAAAGGGAAUGCGGACUCAGAAAACAAAAAUUACGAAGACCGAUGUGAAUUUAAUGGGGGAAAAGAGAUUAUAUAUUUUCAAAACAAGAAUUCAAAUAAUGUUUUCUGAUAGGACGAACGAACUCCGACGUUUUCUUCCACAAUACUAAAACGUCUGGUUCGCGUGCAGAAAUUUGUAUAGGAAACGCAAUUAUUAGCACGUCGUAAUAUUUAAAAAAAAGAGCUACUUAAAAUAUAAAUACUUUUUUGCUUAUCUGAGUUUUGUCGAGAGCACCAAUUCUAAAAAACCGUUUGUUAUAAAAACGUACUUCAGCGCAGCAUAAAGAGAUGCACAAAAUAUCAGAUAUAAAUAUUCCGGCUCCAGUGGUCUGAUUUUUAAACAUCGCUUUUGGCUGGCAAAAAGAGGUGGUCAAUUAAAAUGCUUGUAAUUCAA